AUGAAACGUGUUCCAGAGAUUGAUGUCGAACGCGAAAUAUCAAAUGAUCCAUUCGUAACCAAAGAGGAAGAAGUUUACUGUUCAUCGGUGAUGGAAAAUGGAACAUACCAUCGAGGGCUUUUCGCUGGUCUUUUACGCAUCGAGGCAUGGCUUGACAAAAAAGUUGGAGUUGAAUCUGAAGCUAUUGAGCGAAAGCGACCCGAAGACAGAAAACCCAUAAAAUGGUACGAAGAGUUGAAUAUGGCGUUUCUAUGGGCCUCAGGCACCAUGAAUCUAGCAUGUUGUGCCACGGGCAUGCUUGGCUGGGAAUUCGGUCUAGAUCUAAAACAAUCGCUUUUGAUCAUUUUCUUUGGUUCUUUAUUAGGAAGUAUGGGCACUGCAUACUGUGCGACAUUCGGGGCUCCUACUGGUCUCCGCCAGAUGUCUGUAUCUCGCUACAGUUUUGGUUGGUAUCCGAACAAAAUUCUUGCCUUACUCAACACUGUUCAACAAAUUGGCUGGUCAGCUGUUGGUGCUAUCACAGGUGGCCUUGCUCUCACUGCUGUAGCCGAUGGACAUAUUUCUAUUGUUGUCGGAAUAAUCAUUAUAGCAGCGGCUGCUCUCAUCAUCGGUCUUUUUGGGCUUCGUUUGAUCAUGAUUGUCGAACGUUACGCUUGGUUCGUCUUCUUCGUUAUAUUCUUAAUCAUCUUUGGCGAGACGGGCAAAUAUGCGGACAAUCAUUCACCUGCCAAAGCCACAGGAACAACUCCAUUGGCUGGUGCUGCGCUUACGUUUCUUGCCGUAGUGUACGGUUCUAGCGCAUCUUGGGCAACCAUUGCUUCUGAUUAUUAUGUUCAGUAUCCGGUCAAUGUCAACAAAUACAAGGUGUUUCUAUUGACUACAUGUGGCCUUUGCAUCCCUACAAGUAUCGGGAUGUGGUCAGGCGCUGUGAUGGCGAGUGCUCUUGACAACCACCCCGAUUGGAAGCAAUCAUAUGAACAAGGCGGAAUCGGAUACCUUAUCCGGGACAUACUGUAUCCAAUGGGGUUUGCGAAAUUCCUUCUUGUAAUUCUUGUUCUUUCGGGCAUUGCCAUCAAUUUGCUUAAUACGUACAGUGCUGCUAUAAGUUUUCAACAGAUCUCACCGUGGCUUGCUUAUGUACCUCGAAUAAUUUGGCAAGUGGUUCUUUUUGGAAUCGUUAUUGCUCUCGGACUCGCUGGUCGAGAGGAGCUGAAUUCAUACCUACAAAACUUUCUGAGCUUGCUUGGAUAUUGGUGCACUAGCUACAUUUUGAUCAUCUUGAUGGAGCACUCUGUCAUCCGCAAGGGAUCAUUCGACAAUUACGACUUAGAUGGUUGGAAUGACAAGGAACGCUUGCCGCACGGGAUCGCUGCUGCCGUUGUGUUUUUGGUGGGUGUAGUUUGCUGGGUUAUGGGUAUGGCUGAAACGUGGUAUGUUGGGCCACUAGCAGGUCUUUUUGGUGAGACCGGUGGCGAUCUUGCUAACGAGUUCACGUUCACUUUUACACUGUUGGCUUAUUUGCCGCUUCGGCUCCUCGAGCUGAAAUUUUUUAACAAAUGA